AUGAUUAUUAUUAUAUCUUCAAAGUUUAUUAAUGGACAAUAUUGUUAUGCUAAUGAAUGUUCUGUACGUCCAACAUUAACUGGUGAUGUACAAAAUUGGGCUUUAUUAAUUCAAAAUUAUAUUCUUAAAUUAGCAUCAGAUAGUAUGCAUCGAGAAAAAACUCAAUCGUUUUUUGAUUUAGCUGAAUAUAAGGAAGAAACGAAAUCUGGUGAACAAUUACUUGAUGAAAUGAAAAUAAUACUUGAUGGAUUUUUUGAAAAAAAACAACGUGCUGCACAUCGUAUUGCUGAAAGUGCACGUGAUUUACAUGAUAGAUUAUAUCUUACACGUGAACAUGAUUAUUCAACACAAUUAAAAAUAAAUUCAAGUAGUCAUUUAUUAUGGCGUAAAUUAAAUGGUUCACUUGGUUUAACACAACAUAAACAAUUACUUCAUUUAGAUAAUGAUACAUAUAAAGAUGCUGAUAUACCAUUACGUUUACCACAAAAUAUGACAUUUCAUCCACAUUUUAAACGUAAUGUUAGUCUUCAACAUAGUGUUGUAAAAAUUAGUGAUGAAAUUCCACGAAAUAAUGUUGAAUCAAUAUGGACUGUUGAAUGGACGCAUAAACUUGAACCUAUUUUCUUACGAAAUAGAGAAUUAGAUCCGGAUAUACGUUGGCAAUAUUUUGGUUCACAUGUAGGUCUUAUACGUUUAUAUCCAGGUCGUGAAUGGGAUCAAAAUUUUGCUGGAUUUUAUAAUGAUUAUGAUCCACGUGUACGUCCAUGGUAUAUAGCGACAACAAGUGGACCUAAAGAUGUUAUUAUUAUUCUUGAUUGUAGUGAAUCAAUGGACUCUGAUGGAAAAUUUGCCAUAGGUACAUCGAUUGCAACAGUUAUUAUUAAUACAUUAACACGACAAGAUUAUGUUAAUGUAAUAUGUGCACAUGAAUCUCAUUGGGAUGAAAUUGGUAAAUGGCAUGUUUAUAAAACAGAAGUCUUAAGUUGUCAACAAGAUACAAUGGUUAAAGCAACAUUAGCAUUUAAACGUGAUUUAAAAGAAAAAUUAGCAACAUUAAAACCUGGUGGUACAUCUGAAUUUGAAACUGCAUUUGAUACAGCAUUUGAUUUAUUUCAACAAAAACCUAAAACAGGUUGUCAAUCAAUAUUAAUAUUUAUUACAGAUGGUCAAGAUACAGAUGGAGAAACAGUACGAUGUGGUGCUGGACAAUAUACACGUAGUGGUUAUGUACCAGGACCAAUAUGUAAAUAUAAUUGGACUCGAUAUUGGACAACGGUUAAACAACGACAAUUUCAUCCACGAGCUAGAAUAUUUAGUUAUCUUGUUAAAGAUAAUGGACAAAUAUUUCCAGGAAAAUUAGCAUGUGACAAUGAUGGUCAUUUUGCUAUAUUAAAUGAUGGUGAAAAUUUAAUAAAUAAAAUGUUUAAUUAUUUUGAUUAUCUUUCUAAAGCUUCAUUAAGUAUUAAUGGUAGUUGGACAUCUCAAUAUAUUGAUCAAUGGGGUUUAGGUGUUAUGUUAACUUAUGCUAUACCAGUUACAUCAAAUAUUGAUGGUCGUCUAUUAGGUGUAGCUGGUGUUGAUAUAACAUUAGAUGAUAUUGAACAUGUUCUUUCAAGUAAAACAUGGGGUGGUGUUUAUGGUUUUUUAAUAAAUCGUCAUGAUGGUGAUGCAAUAAUACAUCCUGGUCUUAAAUCAACAACAAUACCUAUUGAAGAUCCUAUAUCUACACAUAUAACACAAUUAGAAAUGAGAAAUAAUGAACCAAAAGAAUUUCAAACAAUUAUUUUACCAGCGAUGCUUAGAGGACAACGAGGUUCAAAACAAUUAUCAAAUGCAUAUCGAGCAACAAUUCGACGAGAUUUUGGUAAUGGAACUUAUUAUUGGUCUCCAAUUGAAAAUACAGAUUAUAUAUUUGCAUUUAGUUUAGGUGAAUCUGAUGAAAAAUUUCGUGAAGUUCGACAACCAAAAAAUUUAUCAAUGUAUGAUGAAAGUUUUUUUAAUUUACUUAUUGAAUAUAAUAGUACAAAAGCUCGAAAAGCUUUACCAGGAAAAUUUGAACAUAUGCAGGUUAAAAUCAAUGAUCCAAAAUAUAAUGAUGUACGUGUUAGUUAUUUAUAUUCAUCAAUUAUGCUUGCACCACGUGUUUAUUGUGAUCCAAGUGAAUAUUUUUAUAAUGAUGAUUUAGCACAAAAAACUAUUAAUGCACAUAUUUAUAUAAAUCAACGUAAUAAUAAUAAUAGUGAUGAUGAUAAAGGUUGUAGUCAAAAAAAUGCAAUGUUUCAUGAAAAUACACGUGCUUAUGUACUUAUAUCACAACCAAUUGAAAGAGUUUGGCGUCGUCGACCACCAGAAUUAACAAAAGAUCUUAUAUGGACAUAUGUUGGUAUGAGAACAGGAGUUUUUCGUACAUAUCCUGCUCAUAGAUCUGUACGAGAUUAUGAUCAUACAACACGUGCUUGGUAUAAACGAGCUGUUGCAUUUCAAGAUCUUACAACAGCAUCAAUGCCUUAUUUAGAUUUAAGUGGUGGUGGAAAAGUUAUUACAAUAGCUCAAGCAUUAUUUGAAGGUAUGCCAUCAAUAUCGAAUAAAACAUGUCAACAAAAAACUCAACAAAGUUCAUCAACAACAACUACAACAAAAUUUCCUGGUGGUUGUCCAUGUUCAAUUGGUUCAGAUUGUUUAUCUGGUUAUUGUUAUCAAAGUGUUGCACCUGGACCUGAUCAAAAACAAUUACGUUGUGCAACAGAACGUAUUAUUGGUGUUACAGGUACAGAUAUAAGAUAUAAUUCUUUUCAUUCAGAAAUCAUGAAACGUAUGGUAGCAUCGGAUGGUCGUCGUUCAUGUGAUUCUAUAUAUCCAUGUCCAUCAAAUCCUUUAAAAGAAUGUUCAACACGUUGUUAUCUUGUUGAUCAUUCAGGUUAUUUAAUUGUUGAUCCUGAUUUUGUUAAUGUAUCAUCAUUUCAUGAAAAUCUUUAUAAUCAAGUACCACUUGGUCAUAAAGAAGGAGAAGUUAUGGCUGAUCUUAUAUAUAAACAUAGUUUAUUUGAUCGAGCUGAAACAAUUACAUUUCAAGGUACAUGUCAUGUUAGUAAACCAUCAGCUAAAGUUACAUUAAAAGGUAUACCAGCAAAUCCAGAAGAAUUAGAUAAUAAAUAUAAAAAUAAAGGACCUAUACCACAAUUUAUGAAUGAAUAUGGUUGUAUACAAGAUCAAGUACGUUAUAAAAUUCAAGCAUCAAAAUUAAAAUGGUCAAAUUUAAUUAUUGGAGAAGUUAAUGGUCCAUGUAUGAGUGGACAAUAUUAUGUAACACCAUUAGUUAAAACAAAUUUAAUACUUGUUGUUAUUGAAAAUUAUUAUGCUGAACGAUCAAAAUUAUUUUAUAAUUUUAAUUGUAAAAUACAACGAAGUAUAGUUGAUGCUGGAGCAUUUCGUAUUAUAAAUGGUACAUGUGCACAUAAAAUUGAAAAAAUGAGUAGUUUAUAUGAUGAAAAAAAAUGUCCAGCAUUACAAGAUGUUAAAAUUGAAUGUAAAUAUAAUGGAAUAAAUAAACGACAAUUAUCAUUAGUUUUAGUUUUUUAUGUUAUUGUAUUUUAUAGAUUAGACUUUUCUUUUUUUUAA